AUGGAGAAGCACCGCCGGGAUGAGUCCCCUUCCGGUCUAUCAGAUAUCAUCGAACAGGACGGCCUUUUAGGAACCGGAUUAACGUCCCGGCAUAUCGAAGCCUUUGGACGCAAGGUUACUUCCACAGCCGGACAUCUGAUGGGACCAUCGGGGGACUCGACUAACAGUGGUCAUUAUCACAAUGCCAUGGUGGGCAUUCACCGUGAAUUACGACGCCCGAAUACGCAACGCAAAGUCUUCUCGUUAACCCAAACAACCCCCACCGACCUGGUUCGCUCGAAGCUUUCCACUUCCGAAAUCCAAUCCCGCGCCGUUUGCGCCCUCCCCGAUGAGCUGCUCGCGAACAUCCCGGAUGACUCCAGCUCCUACUCGCUGUUCGAAGGGUUUCAGGUUUCCCAGGAGGACCGGGAAUACCGAAAGUCUCACCGGCGGCGCACAUCGAAAGGCAAACAAUUGGAAGAUGGAAAGUCGGCGGGUGGACUUCCGUCAUCUCCGGAUGGUCUGAAGAAGGAGCGGGAGAUCCACAACCGUCGGUUGGAGAUGAUGGGUGUUCGCAAGAACAUGUGCAGCUCGGAGAUCCACGAUAUCGACAACAAAAUCGCCAACCUCCACAACAUGCGCAAGAUUGUUUUGGAUCGAUUGGCAGGCCUGGAGAUGGAUGAGGCAGAGCUGGAGAACGAACUGACCGAGAUCGACAAUAAGUUGGAAGAUAUUCAAGAAGAGCCCCCGGAGACCCCCAAGACCGCUGAUACCCCGAGAACUUUUGAGACAAGCGAUAACUCGUCUGCGUCGGGAGAUCCGGCCAUGGAUGCUUCGUUUAUGUCGGAAUCGAUCUACCAGAAGUUGCCUUCGACGUCUCCAAAGAGCAUAAAGCAUAAAUCUACCAGAAAACGGUCCAUGCCUGUCUUACAUGAGCACUUUGAGCCUGGUUCGAUGAUCAAAGAAAUCGAAGCGCACACUGAUAUGGUAACCGCCAUCGAUUUCGACUAUCCUUUUGGCACCAUGGUCAGCGCAGCCUUGGACGAUACUGUGCGGGUUUGGGAUCUCAAUGCAGGCCGGAGCAUCGGGUUCUUGGAGGGCCACCAUGCAUCCGUGCGGUGCCUCCAGGUCGAGGACAACAUUGUAGCCACAGGGUCUAUGGAUGCUUCGAUUAAGCUGUGGGACUUGAGUCGCGUUCGCACUGUUUCCCGAUCCAGUCAUACUGGUAAGCACGAGGAAGACGAAGAUGACGUGUUCUCGUCGCCCCCGUCUACGACCAUGGAAGAUUGCUUUGUACACUCGCUGGAGGCCCAUGUCGCUGAAGUAACUGCUUUGCAUUUCCGAAACAAUACCCUGAUUUCUGGCUCUUCCGAUAAGACUUUGCGGCAGUGGGAUCUGGAAAAGGGUCGCUGCGUGCAAACGCUGGAUGUUCUCUGGGCUGCGGCCCAAGCAACUUCAUUGGGCACCGAGAGCCAGUGGCGGCCAACUGGGCGCACGCCGGACGCCUCUGCGGACUUUGUCGGCGCGGUUCAGUGCUUUGAUGCCGCUCUGGCCUGUGGUACUGCUGACGGUAUGAUCCGUCUUUGGGAUCUUCGGAGUGGGCAGGUUCACCGCAGUCUUGUUGGUCACACGGGACCUGUUACCUGUCUGCAGUUCGAUGAUGUCCACUUGGUCACUGGUAGUUCGGACCGCAGCAUCCGGGUACGUUUCUUUUUCCUAUUUUGCUUUCCAGAUGGCUAA